AUGGUGAUGGCCAUUCCAGAGAAGGGGCAGAAGGACCAGGUGAACGUGGCGGGGUUUCAGAAGGAGAAGCUGCUGGAUCCUUUCAGAGCAGACGGAAUAAAAGUGACCACAAACAUCGGCAUUCGAGCCACAUGCAGCUCACCUCAAUCCGACAUGAAGGAGGAAGGGGUGAAAAGCGCCUCAGACGUAGUGUCCUUGAUCUGGUCCAUCUCUGCUCUGCUGGAGGAGGCUGCAAAGUCCAGUGUCCUCAUGGAUUUCUCCAAGUUCCUGGACGAUGAGUUCGAUGUGAAGGACUGGGUGAACGGGGCCUUCAGAGUGGUGCAGAAGGACGCUCCGGGGAAGGCGGACACACACGCAGCCACUCUGGUGAUGAAGCUGCAGCUCUUCAUCCAGGAAGUCAACAAUGCCGUCGAGGAGAGCAGUAACCAGGCGGUGCAGAACAUGCCCAGGGUCCUGAGGGACGUGGAGGCUCUGAAGCAGGAGGCGUCUUUCCUCAAGGAGCAGAUGGUUCUGGUCAAAGAGGACAUCAGGAAGUGUGAGCAGGACACGGCACAGUCUAUGCAGGUGCUGGUGGAGAUAGACAAAGUGAAAGGUCGUAUGCAGCUGGCUUCAGACGCUCUCCAAGAGGCCGAUAAAUGGACCACACUCAGCGCAGAUAUCGAGGAGACGUUUAAAUCACAGGACUUCGCUCUUAUCUCGUCCAAACUGACCAGCCUGCAGAACAGCCUGGCCAUGUUGGUGGACACGCCCGACUACUCCGACAAGUGUGUCCAUUUGGAGGCUCUCAAAAACAGACUGGAGGCUCUGGCCAGUCCGCAGAUAGUGGCAACCUUCAACUCCAUGUCUUUAGAUCAAGCCAAGUUGUUUGUCAAAGUCUUUACCGAGAUCGACAGAAUGCCACAGCUUCUUGCCUACUACUACAAAUGUCACAAAGGUCAGCUGGUGAAUAUGUGGCAGGAGAUUUCUCAGACCGAGCUGAGCCUGAAUCAGCAGCUGGCGGAGUUCUAUGAUACUUUGCUCUCCAUGUGGCAUUCUCAACUUCAGUGGACCAUCCAGGUGUUCAAGAAUCCCUAUGAGGUGGUGACAGUGCUGCUGAUCCAGACGCUGGGGGCCAUGGUGCCGUCCAUCCCUGUGUGUUUGAGCUCCGCCAUGGAGCGAGCGGCGCAGGACCAGCGCCUCAGCACUUUGUUAGAGCUGCACAACACCACAGCCGCCUUCGGACACAGUCUGGAGGCCGCCAUGCUGCCACACCUGGGCGACAAUAACCUGCUGAAGGUGAAUGAGCUCGUCUGCGCCCUCUUCGACCCGUACAGACCAUACCAGCUGCAGUACGGGGAGCUGGAGGAGAACCACCUCCUCAUCCAGAUCAGUGCUGUGCCCCUGGAACACGGGGAGGUCAUGGACUGUGUGGAGGAGAUGAACCACUCCGUCGGCAAGUUGUUGGGCCUGUCCAGCGCCGCCGUGGAGCGGUGCAUCAGGCUGACGGACGGACUGGCAGUGUGCGGACUCCUCAAAGCCCUCAAAGCUCUCUUCACAAAAUACGUAUCGGACUUUUCCAGAACGUUGCAGUCCAUCAGGAAGAAGUGCAGACUGGAGGAGUGGCAGAGCUCUGGGGUUUUCCAAGAAGACUGGACAGCCUUUCAGAACUGCAUCAGGAUCAUCGCAACCUGUGGAGAGCUGCUCCGACAGUGUGGGGCCUUCGAGCAGCAGCUGUCCAACAAGAUCCUGGGCACGGCCGGUAAAUACCUGUCCGAGUCGUACAGCCCGCGCAGCCUGGCCGGGAUCCAGGAGGUCAGCUCCGCGGAGAGGAAGAGUGCCACCAAGAACCCCUGGCAGGAGUACAACUACCUCCAGAGGGGCAACACGGCCGAGUACAACAGCCUCAUGGAGCUGCUCUACAAUUUAAAGGAGAAGGGCACAGGGAACUCCAGCCUUUUAGCGGAGCCCAGAGCCGCGCUGACCAGACUGAACCAGCAGGCCAACCAGCUGGCCUUCGACUCAGUGUUCCUGCAGAUCAAGCAGCAGCUCUGCCUGGUCUCAAAGAUGGAGAGCCGCAAUGGGCCUGGGUUAGGAGAGAACUACACAGAGGACCUGCCGACCUUCAGCCUCUCCCCACAAGAAUAUAUCACUAAUAUUGGACAGUACCUCAUGUCUCUGCCGCUUCACCUGGAGCCUUUCGUCACACAAGAGGACCCAGCUCUGGAGAUGGCGCUGCAUGCUGGGAAGCUGCCCUUUCCUCCAGAACAAGGGGACGACUUUGGAGAGCUGGACAACACGGCUGAUUACUGGUUAGGAUCCAUCGCCCGAGCCACGAUGCAAACUUACUGCGAUUCCAUUCUCCUGAUUCCCCUGCUCAGCCCGCAUUCCGUCAAACAGCUGGCCACAGAUAUCGACUAUCUGAGCAACGUGAUGGACGCCCUGGGGCUGCAGCCCUCGUGCACGCUGCAGCACAUUCUGACUCUGCUCCGUGUCAAACCAGAGGAGUUCAGAGCCACGGCCAAAGUCCUGCCCCGACGCCUCAGCUCCACCAUCGCCGCGCUCCGCUCCGUCAACUACUGA